AUGUUUACUCGAUUUAAAAGUAUUACUAACGAACUAACGUGUCUUGGUAAGAUAAUUCCUAUAGAUGAGCAGGUCAGAAAGGUCUUAAGAAGUCUUCCAGACAAUGAAAGAUGGAGAGCAAAGGUUGCAGCUGUGCAGGAAUCAAAAGACUUCACCAAGUUCGAUCUAGAACAGCUUGCGGGUUCCCUCAUUACCCACGAGAUCCAGUCGAACAAUCGAACUCAGGAGACUGUCAAAAGUCAAGGGCUAGCACUAAGAGCUAAUGAAGAAUCCGAAGAGAAGUCUGACAUUGAUGAAGAAGAAGCUGCAAUGUUGGUGAGAAGGCUGAAAAAAUUCUACCGUAACAACAAGUUUUUAGACAAGAAGAAAGGAUACAGUAAAAGAAAUCAGGAAUCCAAAGCCAAGUCUUCUUGUCACAAAUGUGGAAGCAUCAACCACUUCAUCAAAGAGUGUCCAUUAUGGGAAUCUAAGAAAGCAAGCACGGGUGUUCCUAAGUGGGUACAGGAAGCUCAGACAAAAAGAACAGAAGGUCUAGGCUAUGGCCAUAAGAAGAAGUCUACUGGAAAGAAAAAGAAGUAUGUGGAUUUGCCUAGUGAGACUGUUUGUUCAUUUUGUGGUAAACAAGAACAUCGCAGUGAAGAAUGUACUAAGAAAGCAAAUCAGUACAAUAAGAAUGUGAACCAUGAAUGA